AUGAUAAGAAUAGUAGUAGCAUUAUUUUUCUUUGCCUAUACAUAUGCCUUUAAUAUUACGGAUGGCCCCUUAAAUCAAGAAAAGUUAUUCAAAGCAGUACUUGAAGUAAAAAAUACUAGACAUCAAAAUUUCGUAGAUAUGAUGAAUAAUGAAUCUUCCUCAAACGAAGAAGAAAGAACCUUUGAAAAUGAAUUAAAAAAGAAUGGAUAUGUAUGUUUAUUCAGUAAAUUUGAUAUUGUUUUUAAAAAUUCUUCAAGAUCAUUUAAUGAAUUAUUAGAUAAUGGUAAUGAAGAUAUUCUAAAAGAAGCUGCUAACGAUUUCAAAAUUAAGUUGAUUCAAGUAAUAAAUCAUUUAAGUGAAGUAAUUUCUUUAAAAGAUUUGAGAAAUAGAUACGAACAAGUUUUUCAAAGCUAUAUUUCUCAAUUAGGAGGUGAUUUUUUUGGUUACAAUAAUAAAAAUGUACUAAAUCAAGAUAAACAUAGCAUUUUUAAUACACCUGAAUUUACCCCAAAACUUACAAACUACUCUGAUAGAGAAUCUAAGGGAGCCAGCGAAGAAGGUUCAGAUUUAUCUAGAGUAAAUAAUGAAGAAAAUUUAAAUAAAAUAUCAGAAACAUAUUCAUAUGAAAGUUUUUCUUCUAGCUAUAGUGAUGUAUCAGAUCAAAUCGAAGAAACCUUUGAAAAUGAAACCAUGACUAGAGAAAAAGCACUUGAUAUUUUAAUAAGAAAUGCUAUUUUAGUCAUGGAAGGAGAAUGCAAUGAAGAGUCACCAAAAAAAAAUGAUGGAAUGUGUAUGAGAUUUGGAGGUAAAGUUCAAAAAAAUUCUUUUACAACUCUUUGUGGUUUAUCAGAGUGCGGUGUAGAAAGUAAUAGCGGUUUCUUAAGAAAAGCAGGUGGACAAAGUGGUAUUGAUUUUUUUAAUAACAAAAAAUCAAUGGAUGAACUAGUGAAGAAUAUAUAUAAAUUAUUAGAGAAUACUUUUGGUAUAAAUAUGAUGGAAAAUCCAUUAGUAAUGAGUAAUUUAACUCCAGAAAAUUUAAGAUUAAAAAAUGAACAAAUAAAUAAAGAAGGACAAGCAAGCGAAAGCUCUCUAGAUAGUAAAAUUCAAAAAGAUACCAAUACUACUAUCCCCCAAAGAAAUGAAAAUUAA